CGGUUCAUAUGGGGGGGGUGCAGCCGCACAUUAAAUGUUGUUUUUAUUUAUUUUUUCCGAGUGGUGAAAAUUAGUUGAAACUUCAGGGUUUCUACAAGACCCGAUCAAAGGAUUAAAGGUUUCUGAUCUGAUCAAAGCCUUCAAAGACUAACAGCGUUGGUACAUCAGUGCAUGGAUUCCCAACACACACAACUGGACACGUGUGCAGACGUAGAGGAGGCUGGUGGCAGCUGUUUCAGAGAUUUCUGCAGACCAUCGGACGCUCGACACCAGAGAUGUUCCAGGGCGACAUUAACAUCGACUUCAAGUCCUACGGCGGCGGCGGCGACGACGACGACGUCUACUGGAGAGAUGACGAAAGUGAAGAAAGCCGCAGAGAACCGAGUUACCAAGAUGUGGUUAAACUGUUUGACAACCUCAGGCACUUUGAUCACAUUUACGCCAACAACGCCAUCAUCGACGCGCAGUUCAUGGUUGAGUCCUGGCGAAGAAGCAACUUCGAGGGGGAGUCUUCAGAGAUGGAUUCGGAGGUGGAAUCCGAGGUACGAGACCUCACGGACGUCCGCGACGGAACCCCACAUCUGCUGUCGGAGUUGUCUGCAUCGACACCGGGGGCAGCACAGAGUGAACCAGCGCCGAGAGUCCAACUGGUCGAGGAGACGUCCCCCACAGAGUCACGCGGUUCCCGGUCGACCUAUGACUUGGACGAUUCGCCGUCCUUCCAUGAAUACGAGUGUGACGACACGGAGGCCCCUGACGACAAUCACACCAACUCAGAUGACAACGGUUAUUACUGCAACUCUGACUUUACGUCAUCCUCCAACUCAGGGGGCUCAACGUCUUCUAACUCUGGGGGCUGCACGUCUCCCUUGAACUCAGACUCAGAACGAGACUCUUCUCAGGGGGAAGAACGCGGUCCUCCAACUCAGAGGGCGCCGUGUUUUCCUUUGGCUCCAACGUCACGUCGCCUUCCUCCACCUUCAAGGUCACGUCUUCCUCUGUCGCCAAGGUCACGCCGUCUUCCUGCGGUGCAGAGGGAACACCUCUCUCCACCUUGGAGGGCACGUCGUAGUUCUCUAGCUCGGAGAGUGCUAGGUUUUUCUCCGACUCAGAGGCGACAACGACGUUUUUGAAGUCAACGGGUGUCAAACCUGGGUCGAGGACUGUAGGUGGCACGUCUUUGUCCAACAUCCUCCUGAUGGAGAAUGAUGGCAGUUUUAAAGAUUAACACUGUGGAAUAAAGAGAUCUGUGAGUCCGACCCCAACUACAUCAAAUAUGUGUCCCCCCCCCCCCCCCCCCC